GCUAGCUCCCUUUAGGGCAGCGAUGGCGGCAGUGAUGGAUUACCUCUUCCAGCGCAGCCUGGACGAUCUGGUCAAGGGGUUGCGCAGCCAGGCGGCCGCGAGCGGCGAAUCCAGGUACGUGGCCAAGGCGCUGGAAGAGAUCCGCAAGGAGAUCAAGGCGACGGAUCCACAUAUCAAGGCGGCGGCGGUCCACAAGCUCGCCUACUUGAACGCUCUCCACGGCGUGGACAUGGCCUGGGCGGCAUUCCAGGUCGUGGAGGUGAUGAGCAUGCCCAAAUUCUCCCACAAGAAGAUCGGCUACCUGGCUGCGUCGCAGAGCUUCACCGAUUCCACCGACGUGCUGCUGCUCAUCACGAAUCUCCUCAAGAAGGAUCUGUCCAGCAAGAACGAAUUUGAGGCCGGCAUGGCGCUCGAGUGCCUGUCGCGGAUCGCGACGCCGGAUCUGGUCAGGGAUCUCACGCAGGACGUGCUGACGAUGCUGGGCAGUAGCAAGCUCUACAUCCGGAAGAAGGCGACGCUGGUGCUCUUCAAGGUUUUCUCCAAGCAUCCAGAGUCUAUAAGAGUGGCUUUCAAGAGACUGGUGGAGAAGCUCGACGAUCGGGACUCACAGGUGGUGGCGGCUUGUGUGAGUGUUCUUCACGAGCUCGCUCGGCAGGACCCCCAGCCAUAUCUUCUCCUCGCUCCCGAGCUCUACAGGCUUCUGGUGGAAUCGACCAACAACUGGCUGCUCAUCAAGCUCGUCAAACUCUUUGCACUUCUCAUGCCGCUCGAGCCCCGGCUAGCGAAGAAGAUUGCCGAGCCACUCUGCGAGCAAAUGCGAAGGACCAGCGCGAAGUCUCUUGUGCUCGAGUGCAUACGAACUAUAACGGUGGGACUCUUGGAUAACACCGAGGUGGUGGAGCUCGCCGCUGGAAAGCUGCAAGAGAUUCUCGCGGCUUCUCACGGAGGAGAAGGGGAGGACGACGAUCCGAAUCUCAAGUACUUGGGACUCCAGGCAGUGCUCGACUUGUUGCCGGUUUAUCCUCAGCUCGUCACGCAGAGCAAGUCGGUGAUUAUCAGCUGCUUGAACGAUGUGGAUCCCAGCGUUCAAAUGGCCUCGCUACGGCUCAUCGUCAGCAUGGUCUCGGACUCCAACCUUGCCGACACUGUACAGAUCUUGAUGAGAUAUGCGCUAAGUGCCGAGAAGAUCUUUUGCAACGAGCUCUUGUCUUCUAUCUUGUCAACGUGCAGCAGGUCCUUUUACGAGCUUGUCACGGAUUUCUCCUGGUACGUUGGAGUUUUGGGAGAGCUGGUUAGAGUUCCAAAUUUCGAGCAGGGAAAGGAAGUAGAGAGGCAGCUUGUAGAUAUCGGGCUUAGAGUAGAAAGCGUGAGGAAGGAUCUUUCAAGGCUAGCUCGGGACUUUCUAAUAGAUUCGUCGACUUGGGAGAACAGUCACAUUCAUAGAGUUUUAGCUGCGGCCGCAUGGAUAGCAGGGGAGUACGUGGAGUUGGCGGAUGAUUUGUUUGAGAUUGUCGAGGCGCUGCUUCAGCCUCGCAUGAAGAAGCUUCCACCUUCAGUACAAGCUGUUUUUCUCCAGGCAGUGCUGAAGAUUUUGGUUCACUUUGCGAGUGCUGCUGACACUGCUAUCGACGCAGAGGUGGUGGAUAAGUUUGAGUACGAAGAGAUAAAAUCAAAUGGGAAUGUUGCGGAUGAAGAACAAGCUCAAGAGCCUCUCGGAAGAAUGUUAACGUUGAUCAGAGAGAACGCUGGAAGUUUGCAGAGUCACGUGGACACGGAAGUCCAGGAGCGAGCCAGCAACCUGUUUGGGCUUAUCAGCUUCAUAGAAGACGAGGCUGGAUCUGGAGGUGUGCUUGCGGGGAUCCGGGAAGCUUUUGCGAAGGAUUUGGGACCUGUGUCCCAGUUUUCUCAGCAAAGGGUGGUGGUCCCUGAUGGCCUCGAGCUGCUCGACGAUCUUAGCGAGCUCAAGAAUGUGCUUGGUGACGAUCAGCUUCAAGACACAGAAUUGCUACCGGAGUCGAGCUCGCUUUUCACACACAAAAAGGAAGAGGACACUGCAUUCGUCGAUGAGAGUGCCGGCCUUUUGGAGCAGCACAGGAAGAAGAACGAAAAGUACUACUUGCCAAAGGAAACGAGGCAGGAGGAAGGACUACUUGGCGCCGAGGCUCCACAGGCGCAACCGGCAGCCGCUGAUGACAACUACAAGCUGGCGGAAGAAUUGCUGGUGUGGAACAAGCCCAAGCGUCCGAAAGCCCGCUCCGUCGUUGUCAAGGUCACGGACGAGGAGAACGACUUCGGCAGCGUUCCCAUGACGUCCAAGGGUGCUCUCAAAAACUCGGUUCUCUCCAGUGCCAUACGGGACGUUUUACUCAACAACAAGUCCGGGAGCCACCGUGACGGCUCGCUCCCGGAAUCCAGCAAUGCUGCUCAAAAGCACCACCACCACCACCGUCGGAGGCACCGAAGGGAGAAACACCCUGCGGAAGGAGGAGAUUUAACAGCAGUACCACAGGAAGGCCUCGACAGUGAGAAGCAGCAGGAUCAAGGCGAGCAGCAACAACAGGAUCAAGAGAAACAACGUUCCAAGAGACAACACCACAGGAAACGAGCAAAGAGUCCGUUAAAGUUCGCCCCUCGAGCAGCCGUGGUACCGGACUUCCUGCUGUAAAAAGGAGUUAAGAUGCUCGUCCGCGUCUUCUUGGAGGCCCUGCGACCCCGCGACGAUAUGAAACGACCGUCCUUCCUCCUUUGCUGGGAAAAAGAGCGAGAAUCUGAUGCAAGUGAUCGGGAUCAACGCAGGUUCGCAGCAUUGUCUUGGCUUCGUAUUCCUGGACAUUUUUACAAAUCCAGGUAUGGAUGUAUGAUACAACUUCCGUUGCGUUUGUGCCUCACAAAAACCAGAGAUUUACAUACUUAGAUUGGCCGUGUUUACGACACUAUCAUUCGGCAAAAUAAAACAGUUGCUAUCCUUUGCUUCUCGA